AUGAAGUUUCUCAAGGUCGGCCGAGUCGCCAUCAUCACCCGCGGCAGAUACGCCGGAAAGAAGGUUGUCAUUAUCCAGCCUGUUGACAACGGCAACAAGCCUCACCCCUUCGGCCACGCUGUCGUCGCCGGCAUCGAGCGCUCCCCCUCAAAGAUCACCCGCCGCAUGUCCAAGAGCCGACAGGAGAAGCGCUCCAAGAUCAAGCCCUUCAUCAAGGUGAUCAACUACAACCACCUCAUGCCCACCCGCUACACUCUCGAGCUCGAGGGUCUCAAGGGCACCAUCACCGGCGACACCUUCAAGGAGGUCACCCAGCGUGAGGAUGCCAAGAAGACAGUCAAGAAGGUUCUGGAGGACCGAUACACUAGCGGCAAGAACCGCUGGUUCUUCACCCCUCUGCGUUUCUAA